AUGAGCUCGCUUCUGUCCCGUCGUGUGCUGUCAAAGGAGGAUGAAGCGUCAUCCACUGACGCAGAAGUGACACGCGAGGAUCAAGACAAAAUCAACCGCUUCUCAUCCCUACAUAACCGGAUAAGAAAUCUUGACGAGCAGUUGGCCGUGAAGAAGAAAGAUAAAGAAGAUCUCGAAGAAGUCACUCAGGAGUUGGAACUGGUGUUGGACGAGGAAGAGCCAGUCAGAUACAAGGUUGGCUCUACCUUCUACUCAGUCCCACUAUCAGAGGCACAGACUAUGCUUCAAGAAGCAACCUCAGAUGCCGACUCGGAGAUAGAGAAGCUCGAGGAUGAGGUGGGAGUUGUGAAGGAAGAAAUGGACAAGCUGAAGGCCGAGCUUUACGCGCGAUUCGGGAGAGGCAUCAACCUAGAGGCUUGA